AUGAACUACGCUGCGUGGGACUGCCGCCAUGGCCGCGUUCUCCUUGGGGAUGACAAUCCGGUACCCAUGGCGCUCGUCGUUUGGGACCCCAUGACGGGCUGCCGGAGGGAGAUGAAGUUGCCGGACGUAGUGUACAACAACUAUGGGGCUGCGGUGCUCUGCGCUGCCACCGGCUGUGACCAUCGUGCCUGUCACGCAGGACCCUUCCAGGUGGUCUUUGUCGGCCUGAACAUGACCGAAGAAGGUGAAUGUGUUUCCCACGCGUGGCUGUCCUUGCCGGAAACAGGUGACUGGAGCAAGCCGUGCCCUGGAUUUGAUCAGUGGGGCGAGACGUGCCCUGGUCUUACCCUCGCAGCCGAUGCAUUCAUCGAGCCAAUGCCCCCUGUCCUUGUUGAAGAAGCACUUCACUUCAUGCUUCAGUAUGAUGAUGAUGAUAGUGUAGCAAUUCUCAAGUAUGACUUGAGCUCUAAUUCCUUAACGCUCAUUGAUGCGCCGAUUAUGGGGUCUGACAUUGCUGGUGCCACCAUCCUCAUGGCGAUGUCAGAUGGGAGUUUAGGGUAUGCACUUGUAGAUGGGUUAAUCCUCUACCUAUGGUCAAGACAGAUGGAUUCCGGCAGAGUUGCGCCAUGGAGUCCAUGUACAAUUAUAGAUCUUGGGAAGCUUCUCCCCAUCCAAAAUCCCAAGAAAAGACUUAGACUGGUUGGAUCCGUGGAGGCCAGUGAUAUCGUUUUCAUGACCACAGACCUGGGCAUCUACGAAAUUAACACUGGUGGAAAAAGGGCCUUUGGUCGCGGUUGA